CUCUGCCCGACUGCCCCCGUCUUCACCCUCAAAAAUCUUCCGGAUUCUUUUCCGACGGCAGAAGAAAAAUGGCGCGAAAGGUUAGGGAUUGGGCUCAGAGCCGGAACCUAUCCCUAAUUUCGACUUUGAUCGGAGUAUUGCUGCUGGUAAUUGGUCCAUGGAAAGCCGGAGCUCCCAGUUCUCCGUCAGCCUUCGUUCAGAACGUCAUUUACUCAAACCGAAUCGCCAUCUUCUCCAAAUCCUACUGCCCGUAUUCCAUGCGUGCCAAGAAGGUAUUUAAGGACCUAAAGGAGACACCUUUUGUCGUGGAGCUGGAUCUUCGAGAUGACGGGCAGCGCAUUCAAGAUGUUAUUCUAGAUCUGGUGGGCCGCAGAACAGUCCCACAAGUAUUCGUGAAUGGGAAACAUAUUGGUGGAUCUGAUGAUCUUUACAUAGCUGUUGAAAACGGGCAAUUGGAAAAUCUUCUGAGCAAGGAAUAGCCCAAAGCAUGCUGGUGGUUUAUAGAAGUCAGCACAACUGUGGAGCACUGGAAAGCUAUGCUAAAUUUUAUGGAGGACUUGUUAAAAGUACCUUGAACUUUGGCACCCACGCUAAUUUAUGGAGUUUAAUGUGUAAUUUGUGUUUUUUUUUCCGAGUGUGCGUGUGUUUUGUGAGACUGUCGGUUACUAAGUUGUAUUUAAUUUGUAUUUUAACAAUAACAUAUACGGACUUACGGAGUAGUUUAAAAUUUGGAUGGUUGUAUGCUAGCUAUUAAUGUCACCUC